ACCCCUAACCCUAACCCUAUUAUUACAGCUAGCUCCCUAAUUGAAUUUUUCUCCAGCAAUAAUAAUACGUUUUCUUCCACUUUUUCUCAUUCUCUCUCAGCAUAGUGAUAAAGAUAUUUUAUAAAAAAUGUAAAUUCUACAUAUUAAUAGUAAUACAAAAGAAAAACAACAACAACAAUAAUAAUAAUGCUCAGAAAAUGAGAAAAAUGUGUAGCAGUGUAAAAGGGUCAAGUCGACACUAAUAAGUUAGUGUUGUGUAUGACAGAGAAGCUCUGAUGAAGGUUUCAGGUUAAACUCACCUGAACACACCUAGUGGGUGGAGCCAUGAGGAGGAACUGAGUAUGAGUGAGAGAGGACGAGUGAAGCAGGGAGACAUUUUUUCUUACACUUUUUGACCUACAUGAGAUUCAACACUCCGUUCAUCAAUGAGACCAUUAACACACACUGGGAUUUUCUGAACACACACACACACACACACACACACACACACACACCAUGAUGAAGAAAGGUGGUCUGAACUUCCUGAACAGGAGGAACCAGUCUCUGUUCGACACCAACGUCCAGAUGAAAGACAUGGACAAUGUGGAGUUUGAGUUUGACACAGUGAUGAUACCAGACUCAGGUACAGCUAAAGUCCGCUCCAGACCCACUGUCAAACAUUUCAGCACGUUUGGAGACGGAGCUGGAUUUGCUGUUCCAACUCCAACAGUUCCUGUUCUGCCUUCUUUCACUGCACCCCAAAUCAGCCACACAGGUAAGACAGACAGUCUGUCAAAUGGAAGUAUCACCUCAGUGGAUGACUUUGAAGAAGGACAGAUUCUGAUCCCACCUCCUCCCUCCAGUGCACCUCCACCUCCACCUCCCCAGUUCAUCCCCCCAUCACCUGGACAUGUUGCUCCUCCUUCAGCAUUUUUUGGGGAACCGCAUUCACCUGUAGACCUGUCCACUCUAGAACCUCCCUCCAUACCCCCUCCUGAGCCACCUUCACUAGGAACGCCAGAUGUAGACCUGUCCAUGUUAAGGCCUCCACAUAUGGCUCCCCCGAAACCCCCAAAUUAUCAAAUCUCUACAGAUUUACCUGAGGACAUUCCAGAGUGCCCCAAAUUUACCCCUCCAUUGCCCCCAACAGAGAAAUCCCAGUCUCCUACAGCCAAAGUCCAGAAGAUGCCUCCUCCCAAGCCCAUCAGGUUCUCAUACAUCUCCAACUUUGAGUUGCCUGCAUCUGGAUCAACUACACCCUCAGAAAAAACAGCUUCCAGCUUUAACUCCCAAAAUUCAGGCAAACUUUACACUGUACCAAAAACAACAAUUCUCACUGACCAAUCAGAUCAGACACAUUACAUGCUCUUGGAGAACAACUCCAAAACCUCAGUUGGAGAUCAUGCCAAUGGGAAGGCAUCAACAUCUGAGAAGGAAAUGGGUGCACCCCAAAACCUUGUGCCCCCAGUCAAGCCAGUGCGUCGUAACAGUUCAGCCACAAAGCUGGAAGAGAAUCUACAGGAUUUGAAGGAGAACAUGCAGCAAGCAGCAACACCAGUCAGGCUCAAAAACAGCAUGGCUGCAAAAGUAGAGACACCACCAGAUGCUCCAAAUAAGAACCCAGCUCCAGUAGUAGGUUCUCCCACAGCAUUAAGGUCAGCAGCACUGCUAUCAGCUCAAGACAUAAUUCACUUGACACCUGUGGACCCAGCACGAAAAUACAGCCCGUUACUGAACCGUAAACUGCAGAACCUUAAAACCAGUGAACCUUCUGGUGGGAAGGAGGGGGCUACUUCUCCGCUCACCCUGCUGAUGGCAGCUAAGGAACGAGAGAAGCAGAGAACAGUCAUUUCCAGAGAAAACAGCACCAAGAGCAACAGCUCUGUAGAGUCUUCCAAUGGGAGCAGCCAUCAAAACUCGUUCACUGUCACCCCAAGACCUCCAGUGUCCCCAGGAAGUCCCGGUCGCUUCCUGGAGUCCAAACACAACACAGAGAACCUAAAUGUUACUAACUUCACACCUGAACCCUCUGCACACUCCAUCAUCCUUACAAAAAACCCUACAAGCAUUGCAUCUCCAUCUGGGAAGUACAAUGGCACUGACUCCAUCUCCUUCAUCCCUCCUCCACCUGAAUUUGCUAAUUCUGAUCCAGAGGAUGAAGCUCCACCCAGCAUGCCUCCACCUGACCCACCUGCUAAGAGAGUAGAUGUAAUUCCACAAUUAAACUCUGCCACCAUCACAAGUGGCCCAACUAAUCCCCCAAGUAAUAAAUCGUCCAGCACAACCACACCAGUUCAUGGUGCUUCUAGCAUUCAGUUCAAACCAAAACCCCAAGCUCCACCCCCAUCGCUGCCAAAAUUUCAACCCCAGGCUCCACCACCAUCUCAACUGAAAACUCAACCCCAGGCUCCACCCCCAUCGCUGCCAAAAUGUCAACCCCAGGCUCCACCCCCAGCUCCACUGAAAACUCAACCCCAGGCUCCACCCCCAGCUCCACUGAAAACUCAACCCCAGGCUCCAACCCCAGCUCCACUAAAAACUCAACCCCAGGCUCCAUCCCCAUCUCAACUAAAAACUCAACUCCCAGCUCUACUGAAAACUCAACCCCAGGCUCCACCCCCAGCUCCACUAAAAACUCAACCCCAAGCUCCACCCUCAGCUCAACUGAAAACUCAACCCCAGGCUCCACCAUCUGUUACUGCCAGUCAGGCUACACUGCUCAGCAUCCUGCAGAAGAAGAUGCUAGAAAUGGAUCCCAAAUUUGCUCACGCCCAUGAAGCAGAUGCCAGCAGCGAUGACUGGAACUCUCCAACAUUUGACGAGGACGCAGUGCGUGUUCCUUCACUAAACUCCACCCCCAAAACCAAGAGCACCACUGUGUCUUCAAGUCUCAACAUGAAAGAACUUGAGAACAAAGUGAUCAGAAAAACACAAGCAAAAGCCCCAGUCAGCAGUGGUUCUUCAAAGCAGCAGUUUGGGAUGACGUUUAUAGUGAGGCCUGGAACUAAACAACCCAUUACACCCAUGCCCAAAACCGAGUGACCUUCAACACACACACACACACACAGAGCUCUGUAUAAAGAACUUCUAAAGGAAAAUAUGUUACAUUUGAUAUUAAAAGUAAUAUUUAAAGAUAAAGCUACAAGAAAGAAGAACAACAAAAAACCGAGGGGGAAAAACAUCACUGCUGAACACCGCAGCAUGGACUUGUGCAUUGUCAUGGGCUUAUUGUGUAACAUUCUGUAAAUAAACACACACACACAGUCUUUACUUAUUUACAGUGAUAACUGUGUGCUGCUCAUCUUACAGUCAUAAACAACCAUGUCAGGGCUGGAGAUGUGUGUGAACAUGUGGAAGUGUGUGUCAGAGCUCGACAUUAAUAAACACAAUCAGCUGCAUGUUAAAGGCAGUUUAGUGCCCAGAUUGUUAGGGAGUCAGAUUGUACAGCUGUGUGUGUGUGUGAUUAUAUACAUGUAGAAACAUGAAAUAUAAGAGUGUUAUUAAAGUGUAUUAUUAACGUUGUGUGUGUGUGUGUGUGUGUGUGUGUGUGUCAGCACCGUAAUUCAUAUGGAAGUGUUUUCCGCUGAGGACAGAUGAAACUGGAGACAGAACAACAGACUGCUGCAGUGUGCACUUUCAUCACAACAAGGGAAAAAGUUCUCAGCACUUAAAUACCUGUGUAUCUGAACACACAUUUAUUAUAACUAAUAAACCAUCAGACACCUC